GGAUGGAUUGCAGCACAGAAGGAACUCAUGGCAAGAUGGAGUUUAUGGGACAAACUGUCCAAUCCUACCUCGUAGGAACUUCACUUAUGUUCUUCAAGUAAAAGAUCAAAUUGGAAGCUACUUCUACUUCCCUUCAUUUUUGUUCCACAAAGCCGCUGGCGGGUUUGGUGGCAUCAGAAUCUGGAGCCGUCCAAAGAUUCCCGUUCCUUUCCCUCCUCCCGCCGGAGACUUCACCGUAUUGGCUGGUGAUUGGUACAAGACAAAUCAUGCUAUAUUGCGACGGAUUUUGGAGAGCGGUCAUGAUAUUCCUUCCCCUGAUGGGCUUCAAAUCAAUGGUAGAGGUUGGAAUGGUUACACAUUCACUGUUGAUCAAGGAAAAACAUACAGAUUUAGGAUAUCUAAUGUGGGGAUUGCCACAUCCAUUAACUUCAGAAUUCAGGGACACAACUUGAAACUGGUGGAGGUAGAAGGAUCUCACACACUUCAGAACUCAUUUUCCUCCAUUGACGUGCAUCUAGGCCAGUCCUACUCGGUUUUGGUAACGGCUGAUCAGCCCCCAAAGGACUACUACGUCGUCGUUUCGUCUCGUUUCACCUCUAAGGUUCUCACCACGACAGCAGUUCUUCACUACAGCAAUUCUUUUCAGAGAGUUUCUGGACCCGUCCCCGGUGGUCCAACAACUGAGAUCGCUUGGUCCCUUAACCAGGCCAGAUCAAUCCGUUGGAAUCUGACGGCUAGUGGACCAAGGCCGAAUCCUCAAGGCUCAUACCACUAUGGACUGAUCAAACCAAGCCGUACAAUUGUGCUUGCAAAUUCUAAUGCUUGGAUUAACGGCAAGCAGAGAUACGCAGUCAACAGCGUCUCAUAUGUUCCGCCGGACACUCCUUUGAAGCUCGCAGAUUACUUUAAAAUCGGAGGGGUCUUCAACCUCGGGAGCAUUCCGACCAACCCCACGUGGGGAGGUGCCUAUCUUCAGACCUCCGUCAUGAGCGCUAACUACCGUGAAUUCGUGGAGAUUGUUUUCCAGAAUUGGGAGAACGAAGUUCAGUCUUGGCACAUUGAUGGUUAUUCCUUCUUCGUUGUGGGGAUGGAUGGUGGCCAAUGGACACCCGCAAGCAGACAACGCUAUAACUUGAGAGAUGCGGUCGCACGUUGCACUACUCAGGUUUAUCCCAGAUCAUGGACCGCGAUCUACAUGGCUUUGGACAACGUCGGAAUGUGGAACAUUAGGUCCGAGAAUUGGGCAAGGCAGUACUUGGGACAGCAGUUCUAUUUCAGGGUCUUUACUAACACAAACUCAUGGAGAGAUGAAUACCCAAUUCCUAGAGACGCUCUUCUUUGUGGCCGGGCCAGUGGUCGCCGCACUAGGCCGCUCUGAAAUUAAUUUAGCCAGUUUUAAUUGUACCAAAAACAUAUAUUACAUAUAUUGUCACGAUAGGGUGACAGUUUUUGGCAAAGGGACUAAGCCGUUCCUUGUGAGAAAUUCAUUGGCGAAGCUCCACUUGAGCUUUCAAGUUAUUUUUCUCCUUUUUUCUACUGUUGUAUUAUACCUUUGGUAUGGCUCUCAAAUGAACCUCUCUACUCAUGAUGUCUUAUAUCUUUAUUUCAAAGUUUGAAAAGGAAUAACUCUGUUCUGCUUCA